CAACUGACCACACUAUGCAGCUAAUGUUUUUGUUCUUAAUUUGAAAUUUAUUAUUAAAAGAUGUUAACUGAAACCACUGAAGCUGCUUAUAAACGUCACAAGGGUAUUGGACCCCAGGUGAGGCAAGCCUACGAUAAAGCCAUUGGACAAAUCUUCGCCGAGUUGAGCUCCUCAGAUCUCGAAGAAUUCAAAGUCCUUUACGAGAAGCAUGAGAACUCUGAUUUGGACACUGAGACUAUCAUAAAUAGCACUCGGAGUCUGAUGACAAAGGUUGUUCUCGAAAUGAACCAAUGUUUCUUUGAAGGCAAUGAUGUGGAGAACAAGCUAGCUACUCUCGAGAUGCUAAAGGAACUAUUUGCUCGCUAUGAGGGAAAAGAUUGGAAUGUGAAUGCUGCCGCCCCUGAAGAACUUACUCGUCCGUUGCGCAUGCGCAGUCUAGAUUUCAGCAUACACUUUAUGGAGCGACAACUGGAGGCUCAGGAAAAAGAGCUUGAGAUCGCAAUGGCCAAAAGCAAUGCGAAUCGUGAACGCCUCAAAAAUGUGCAAGACGAGCGAGUGAAGUUACAUGUCAAGAUAGAGGAACAAUUAUCUCUAUACCGGGAAAUUAACCAAGAAAUUAACAAAGAAAAGUUGUAAAACAUGUAAAUAAAUAUAAAUAAGAUAUAUAAAUAUUUUAGUAUUACAA